GGAUCAUGUUAGUUAAACCUGAAAAUUGUUGUACCAGAAAAACUAGAAGCUCUUUUAUUCUUCCCCUAAUUUCUGACGGAAAUCGAUAUAUUAUUUUUUUUUGUCUCAAAUCGGAUUCCAUUUCCAGAGAAAGGGUCUCUGCAAACCCAUAUAAGAACACAAACAUAUUUCUUUCCAAAAAAAAAACACAAACAUAAUUGUCUUUGUCUGUAAUUUAGGUGAUUGGUGCUAACACUCUGCCGAUGUAUGUGCAAAAGGACAAAAUACGGCGAUGCCGAAAAACCAAUGUCUCAAUUGCGUCUUCCCCAUAAUAUUCUUUUUUAAUUAUUUAUUAUUUAUUUUCCACCUUUUCACAACUACAUCGUUCCAACUUCAUCGAUAUCAAUUCUAACCUUCAACCAUUCUCAAUUCAAUUUCUGUCUUCUGGGUUCUACACGUUGUAUUCUUCUCUUUUGCUGGCAUGAAGCAAAUGGAACACGAGAAAGCGCCUAUCUCAGAUGCAAGAUCAAUAGAGGAAACUGGAAUACCUAUGACAACAUUGUCACUUUCCUCGCGCAAAAAUUCUGUUUGUCGUUUUUCUUCGAAGGAAAAGAGUGUUGGAGCGUCGAAUGAGUCCGCGAAGAAACUUUCUUUACUAAUAGUUUUCUAUGCUAUUGUUAUGAUUGUUGAAUUUGUUGGGGGUUUGAAAGCUCACAGCUUAUCUGUUAUUAGUGAUGCUGCACAUUUGCUUUCUGAUAUUGGUGGAUUUGCAAUCUCUCUAUUUGCAGUGUGGGCUUCGGGUUGGGAGGCAACGCCUCAUCAAUCUUUCGGGUAUAAUCGACUUGAGGUUUUAGGUGCUCUUAUAUCUGUUCAGUUAAUUUGGUUCAUAUCUGGUUUUUUGAUAUAUGAAGCAUUUGGUAGACUUGUUUAUAAAAAUAAUAGAGUGAAUGGAAAGCUCAUGUUUGCAAUUGCCACAUUUGGGUUUGUUCUUAACUGUAUCAUGGUUUUAUGGCUUGGUCAUGAUCAUCAUCAUGGUUUUGGACACUCGGGUCAUGGUCAUCAUCACGGGCACAAUCAUGAUCACAGUCAUCAUCAUCAUCAACAUGGUCAUGAUCAGAGUCAUCAUCAAUGCCAUGGAGACUCGGAUCAUGAUCAUGGGAUGGAGGAACUACCUAAAAUAACUGAUGAGGAGAACCUUACCAUGCUUUCAAAUGGUAAGAAGAAUACUAAUGUUUUGAAUAUAAAUAUCCAAGGGGCUUAUUUGCAUGUGAUGACUGAUAUGAUUCAAUCUUUUGGAGUGAUGAUUGCUGGAGGAGUAAUAUGGGCUAAACCAGAAUGGUUUAUCGUUGAUCUUUUAUGUACUCUAAUAUUCUCUGUUUUAUCCUUAAGUACUACUCUACCAAUGCUUAGGAAUAUUUUUGGAAUUCUAAUGGAGAGAACGCCAAGUGAGAUUAAUGUCAUUCAGCUGGAAAAUGGUCUUAGAUGUAUCAAGGGAGUGCAGGAGGUUCAUGAUUUGCAUGUUUGGGCUAUAACAGUUGGAAAACUGUUUCUAUCUUGUCAUGUAGUGGCUGAACCUGGCAUAAAUUCCAUUGAAUUACUUUCUGUGAUUAAACAAUAUUGUGAAAACACUUAUCAAAUACAACAUGUAACCAUACAAAUUGAGUAAGGGCAAAAGCCCACGAGGAAAAAAACUGAACAACUAAACGAACAUUCCUAGACAUGCAAGCCCCGAAAAUAUCAUCAAAGAGGAGACUAUUGAGCUCGUUAAGAAAGGUCUCCAAAAUCCCAAGAAUCUAUAGUAAGGCUGAAAUUAGUAAGUCAAUCAGCACUUGUAUUUGUGUGACGCAUACUCAUAUAGAUUCACAAGAUGUGCUUUAUUCUAUUCUAUUUUGACUUUAAACAACAGAAAUACCAGUACUUGAAAAUGCACAUGUUUCAAGGUCCCAACUAAUUUUAUAAGCCUCUGUUUGGUUUGGCUUUUGCAAAGCCAGAAUCAAUUCUGGAGCAUUUCAAAAGCAAUUAUGCAAUAUUUAACAUGUUUGGUUUGGCUUUUCAAAAUAGCUUUUAUCCUCCAAAAGCAAUUCUAGUUGAAGCUACAAUUCCUAGCUUCUUACUUUCCUAGAAUCAAUUCUACACCCUCAAUUCUAUUAAUUCCAUCCCUGCCCUCAUUAAUUUUUCUAACCCUUCUCCAACCGAUCAACUUGGAUCUAACUUGGAUCAAUCACAAGUUUUAAAUGUAGUUUCGUCGUCAGAGAUGGAUCGCGUUCGAAACAUAAUCCGCAAUGAAAUUAUUGAGCACAGGCAAAAUAAUUAGUAUUGUACUUUAAAUUAUUAUAUCAAUAUUUUAGUACUAUAAUACACAUUAUGUUAGUUUUGUAAUAAUAUUUUAAUACUCUAUUGCACUUUAAAUUCUAUUA